AUGAAGACAAGGUUCCUUACGCUGAGGACAAGGCUCCUCACGCUGAGGACAAGGCAACUCACGCUGAGGAAAAGGUUCCUCACCCUGAGGACAAGGUUCCGACUCUGUGGACAAGGUGUCUCACCCUGAAGACAAGGUUCCUCACGCUGAGCACACGGUUCCUCACGCUGAUGACAAGGUUCCUCACCCUGAGAACAAGGCUCCCCACCCUUAGGACAAGGUUCCUCACCCUGAAGACAAGGCUCCUCACGCUAACGACAAGGCUCCUGACCCUGAGGGAAGCUUCCUCACCCUGACGACAAGGUUCCUCACCAUUAGGACAAGGUUCCUCACGCUGAGGACAAGAUUCCUCACGCUCAGGACAAGGUUUCGUACGCUGAGGACAAGGUUCCUCACCCUGAGGACUAGGCUCCUCAUCUGAGGACAAGGUUCCACACCUUGAGGACAAGGUUUCUCACGCUGAGCAGAAGGUUCCUGACACUGCACGAGGACAACGUUCCUGACUCCGAGGACAAGGUUCCUCACCCUGAGGACAACGUUCCUCACGAUGAAGACAAGGUUCCUUACGCUGAGGACAAGGUUCCUCACCCUGAGGACAAGGUUCCUCACGUUGAGGACAAGGCUCCUCACCCUGAGGACAAGGUUCCUCACGCUGAGGACAAGGUUCCUCACGCUGAGGACAAGGUUCCUCACCCUUAGGACAAGGCUCCUCAGGCUGAGGACAAGGUUCCUCACCCUGAGGACAAGGCUCCUCACGCUAAGGACAACGCUCCCCACCCUGAGGGUAAGGCUCCUCACCCUGAGGACAACGUUCCUCACCCUCAGGAGAAGGUUCCUCACCCUGAGGACAAGGUUUCUCACGCUGAGGACCAGGUUCCUGACUCUGCAUGACGACAAGGUUCCUGACUCUGAGGACCAGGUUCCUCACCCUGAGGACAAGGUUCUCACGAUGAAGACAAGGUUCCUUACGCUGAGGACAAGGCUCCUCACGCUGAGGACAAGGUUCCUCACGCUGUGGACAAGAUUCCUCACCCUGAGGACAAGGUUCCUCACGUUGAGGACAAAGCUCCUCACCCUGAGGACAUGGUUCCUCACGCUGAGGACAAGGCUCCUCACCCUGAGGACAAGGUUCCUCACCCCGAGGAGAAGGCUCCUCACGCGAAGGACAAGGCUCCUCACCCUGAGGGAAGACUCCUCACCCUGAGGACAAGGGUCCUCACCCUGAGGACAAGGUUCCUCACGCUCAGGACAAGGUUCCUCACGAUGAGGACAAGGUUCCUCACCAUGAGGACAAGGUUCCUGACUCUACAUGAGGACAAGGUUCCUGACUAUACAUGAGGACAAGGUUGCUGACUCUGAGGACAAGGUUCCUCACGCUGAGGACAAGGCUCCUCACCCUGAGGACAAGGUUCCUCACCAUGAGAACAAGGUUCCUCACCAUGAGGACAAGGUCCUUACUCUGAGGACAAGGUUCCUUACACUGAGGGCAAGGUUCCUCACGAUGAAGACAAGGUUCCUUACACUGAGGACAAGGCUCCUCACGAUCAGGACAAGACUCCUUACGCUGUAGACAAGGUUCCUCACCAUAAGCACAAGGUUCCUCUCCCUGAGGACAAGGCUCCUCACACUGAGGACAAGGUUCCUCACACUGAGGAGAAGGCUCCUCACGCUAAGGAGAAGGCUCCUCACCCUGAGGGCAAGACUCCUCACCCUGAGGACAAGAGUCCUCACCCUGAGGACAAGGUUCCUCACGCUGAGGACAAGGUUCCUCACGAUGAGGACAAGGUUCCUCACGCUCAGGACAAGGUUCCUGACUCUACAUGAGGACAAGGUUGCUGACUCUGAGGACAAGGUUCCUCACGCUGAGGACAAGGCUCCUCACCCUGAGGACAAGGCUCUUCACCAUGAGGACAAGGUUCCUCACCAUGAGGACAAGGUCCUGACUCUGAGGACAAGGUUCCUUACACUGAGGGCAAGGUUCCUCACGAUGAAGACAAGGUUCCUUACACUGAGGACAAGGCUCCUCACGAUGAGGACAAGGCUCCUUACGCUGUGGACAAGGUUCCUCACCCUGAGGACAAGGUUCCACAAGCUGAGGACAAGGUUCCUCACCCUGACGACAAGGUUCCUCACGCUAAGGACAAGGCUCCUCACGCUGAGGACAAGGUUGCUCACCCUGAGGACAAGUUCCUCGCGAUGAAGACAAUGUUCUUUACGCUGAGGAUAAGGCUCCUCACGCUGUGGACAAGGUUCCUCACGCUGUGGACAAGGUUCCUCACGCUGAGGACAAGGUUUCUCACGCUGAGGACAAGGUUCCUGACUCUACAUGAGUACAAGGUUCCCCGACUCUGAGGACAAGGUUCUUCACCCUGAGGACAAGGCUCCUCAAGCUGAGGACAAGGUUCCUCACGCUGUGGAAAAGAUUCCUCACCCUGAGAACAAGGUUCCUCACGUUGAGGACAUGGUUCCUCACGCUGAGGACAAGGUUCCUCACGCUGAGGACAAGGUUCCUCACGCUGAGGACAAGUUUCCUCACACUGAGGACAAGGCUCCUCACCCUGAGGAAAAGGGUCCUCACCCUGAGGAGAAGGCUCCUCACGCUAAGGACAAGGUUCCUCACCCUGAGGACAAGGCUCCUCACCCUGAGGACAAGGUUCCUCACCCUGAGGAGAAGGCUCCUCACGCUAAGGGCAAGGCUCCUCACCCUGAGGGCAAGACUCCUCACCCUGAGGACAAGGGUCCUCACCCUGAGGACAAGGUUCCUCACGCUGAGGACAAGGUUUUUCACGAUGAGGACAAGGUUCCUCACGCUCAGGACAAGGUUACUGACUCUACAUGAGGACAAAGUUCCUGUCUCUACAUGAGGACAAGGUUCCUGACUCAGAGGACAAGGUUCCUCACGCUGAGGACAAGGCUCCUCACCCUGAGGACAAGGUUCCUCACCAUGAGGACAAGGUUCCUCACCAUGAGGACAAGGUCCUGACUCUGAGGACAAGGUUCCUUACACUGAGGGCAAGGUUCCUCACGAUCAAGACAAGGUUCCUUACACUGAGGACAAGGCUCCUCACGAUGAGGACAAGUCUCCUUACGCUGUUGACAAGGUUCCUCACCCUGAGGACAAGGUUCCACAAGCUGAGGACAAGGUUCCUCACCCUGAGGACAAGGUUCCUCACGCUGAGGACAAGGCUCCUCACGCUGAGGACAAGGUUGCUCACCCUGAGGACAAGUUCCUCGCGAUGAAGACAAGGUUCUUUACGCUGAGGAUAAGGCUCCUCACGCUGUGGACAAGGCUCCUCACGCUGUGGACAAGGUUCUUCACCCUGAGGACAAGGUUCCUCACGCUGAGGACAACGUUCGUCAUCGUGAGGACAAGGUUCCUCACGCUGAGGACAAGGCUCCUCACGCUAAGGACAAGGCUCUUCACCCUGAGGGCAAGGCUCCUCACGCUGAGGACAAGGUUCCUCAUCCUGAGGACAAGGUUCCCCACGCUGAGGACAAUGUUCCUCACGCUGAGGACAAGGUUUCUCACGCUGAGGACAAGGUUCCUGACUCUAGAUGAGGACAAGGUUCCUCGACUGUGAGGACAAGGUUCUUCACCCUGAGGACAAGGCUCCUCAAGCUGAGGACAAGGUUCCUUACGCUGAGGACAAGGCUCCUCGAGCUGAGGACAAGGCUCCUCACGCUGAGGGCGAUGUUCCUCACCCUGAGGACAAGGCUCCGACUUUGUUGAGAAGGUUCCUCACCCUUAGGACAAGGUUCCUCACGUUGAGGACAAGUUUCCUCACGCUGAGGACAAGGCUCCUCACCCUGAGGACAAGGUUCCUCACCCUGAGGACAAGGUUCCUCACCAUGAGGACAAGGUUCCUGACUCUGAGGAAAAGGUUCCUCACCCGGAGGACAAGGUUCCUCACGAUGAAGACAAGGUUCCUUACGCUGAGGACAAGGCUCCUCACGCUGAGGACAAGGCUCCUCACACUGAGGAUAAGGUUCCUCACCCUGAGGACAAGGUUCCGACUCUGUGGACAAGGUUUCUCACCCUGAGGACAAGGUUCCUCACGCUGAGGACCAGGUUCCUGACUCUGCAUGAGGACAAGGUUCCUGACUCUGAGGACCAGGUUCCUCACCCUGAGGACAAGGUUCUCACGAUGAAGACAAGGUUCCUGACGCUGAGGACAAGGCUCCUCACACUGAGGACAAGGUUCCUCACGCUGUGGACAAGAUUCCUCACCCUGAAAACAAGGUUCCUCACGUUGAGGACAAGGCUCCUCACCCUGUGGACAAGGUUCCUCACGCUGAGGACAAGGUUCCUCACGCUGAGGACAAGGUUCCUCACCCCGAGGACAAGGCUCCUCACCCUGAGGACAAGGUUCCUCACCCUGAGGAGAAGCCUCCUCACGCUAAGGACAAGGCUCCUCACGCUGUGGACAAGGUUCCUCACCCUGAGGACAAGGUUCCUCACGCUGAGGACAAGGUUCCUCAGCCUGAGGACAAGGUUCCUCACUCUGAGGACAAGGGUACUCACCCUGAGGACAAGGUUCCCCACCCUGAGGACAAAGUUCCUCACGAUGAGGACAAGGUUCCUCACGCUCAGGACAAGGUUCCUGACUCUACAUGAGGACAAGGUUCCUGACUCUACAUGAGGACAAGGUUCCUGACUCUGAGGACAAGGUUCCUAACGCUGAGGACAAGGCUCCUCACCCUGAGGACAAGGUUCUUCACCAUGAGGACAAGGUUCCUCACCAUGAGGACAAGGUCCUGACUCUGAGGACAAGGUUCCUUACACUGAGGGCAAGGCUCCUCACACUGAGGACAAGGUUCCUCACGCUGUGGACAAGAUUCCUCACCCUGAGGACAAGGUUCCUCACGUUGAGGACAAGGCUCCUCACCCUGUGGACAAGGUUCCUCACGCUGAGGACAAAGUUCCUCACGCUGAGGACAAGGUUCCUCACCCCGAGGACAAGGCUCCUCACCCUGAGGACAAGGUUCCUCACCCUGAGGAGAAGCCUCCUCACGCUAAGGACAAGGCUCCUCACGCUGUGGACAAGGCUCCUCACCAUGAGGACAAGGUUCCUGACUCUGAGGUCAAGGUUCCUCACCCUGAGGACAAGGUUCCUCACGCUGAGGAAUAGGUACCUCACCCUGAGGACAAGGUUCCUGACUCUGAGGACAAGGGUCCUCACCCUGAGGACAAGGCUCCUCACCCUGAGGACAAGGUUCCUCACGAUGAAGCAAAGGUUCCUUACGGUGAGGAUAAGGCUCCUCACGCUGUGGACAAGGCUCCUCACGCUGUGGACAAGGUUCCUCACCCUGUGGACAAGGUUCCUGACUCUGAGGACAAGGUUCCUCACCGUGUGUUCAAGGGUCCUCACGCUGAGGACAGGGCUCCUCAGGCUGAGGACAAGGCCCCUCACGCUGAGGACAAGGUUCCUCACCCUGAGGACAAGGUUCCUCACGCUGAGGACAAGGUUCCUCACGCUGAGGACAAAGUUCGACACUCUGAAAACAAGAUUCCUCACGCUGAGGACAAGAUUCUUCACCCUGAGGACAAGGUUCCUCACGCUGAGAAGAAGGUUCCUCACGCUGAGGACAAGGUGCCUCACGCUGAGAACAAGGUUCCUCACGUUGAGGACAAUACUCCUCAGCCUGAGGACAGGGCUCCUCACGCUGAGGACAAGGUUCUUCACUCUGAGGACAAAGUUCCUCACCCUGAGGACAAGGUUCCUCACGCUGAGGACAAGGCUCCUCACGCUGAGAAUAGGGCUCAUCUAUUCGAGGACAAGGUUCCUCACCCUGAGGACUAGGUUCCUGACUCUGAGGAGAAGGGUUCUCACCGUAAGGACAAGGUUCCUCACACUGAGGACAAGUUUCCUCACGCCGAGGACCGGGUCUCUGACGCUGAGGAGAAGGUUCCUGACACGGAUGACAAGGUUCCUCAACGUGAGGAGAAGGUUCCUCACGCUGAGGACAAGGAUCUUCACCCCGAGGACAAGGUUCCUCACCUUAAGCACAAGGUUCCUCACGCUGAGGACAAGGUUCCUCACGCUGAGGACAAGGUUCCACACUCUGAAAACAAGAUUCCUCACGCUGAGGACAAGAUUCUUCACCCUGAGGUCCAGGUUCCUCACCCUGAGUACAAGGUUGCUGAUCCCGAGGACAAGGUUCCUGACUCUGAGGACAAGGUUUAUCACGCUGAGGACAAAGUUCCUGACGCUGAGGACAAGGGUCCUCACGCUGAGAACAGGGCUCCCGUCGCAGAGGACAAGGUUCCUCACCCUGAAGACUAAGUUCCUGACUCUGAGGACAAGGGUUCUCACCGUGAGGACAAGGUUCCUCGAGCUGAGGACAAGGUUCCUCACGCUGAGGACAAUUUUCCUGACUCUGAGGACAAGGUUCCUGACGGUGAGGACAAGGUUUUUCACGCUGAGGACAAGGUUCUUCACUCUGAGGACGAAGUUCCACACACUGAGGACAAGGUUCCUCACGCUGAGGACAAUGCUUCUCACGCGGAGGACAGGGCUCAUCUCGCUGAGGACAAGGUUCCCCACCCUGAGGACAAGGUUCCUGACUCUGAGGACAAUGGUUCUCACCGUGAGGACAAGGUUCCUGACUUUGAGGACAAGGUUCCUCACCGCGAGGACAAGGUUCCUCACGCUGAGGACAAGGUUCUUCACUCUGAGGACAAGGCUGCUCACCCUGAGGACAAGGUUCCUCACGCCGAGGACAGGGUUUCUCACGGUGCGGACAAGGCUCCUGACUCGGACGAGAAGGUUCCUCACCGUGAGGAGAAGGUUCCUCACACUGAGGACAAGGAUCUUCACCCUGAGGACAAGGUUCCUCGCCCUGAGGACAAGGUUCCUCACCCUGAGGACAAGUUUCCUCACGCUGAGGACAAGGUUCCACACUCUGAAAACAAGAUUCCUCACGCUGAGGACAAGAUUCUUCACCCUGAUGACAAGGUUCCUCACCCUGGGGACAAGGUUCCUCGCGCUGAGGACAAGGUUCCUCACGCUGAGGACAAGGCUAGUCACGCUGAGGGCAAGGCUUCUCACUCUGAGGCCAAGGCUCCUCACGCUGAGGACCAGGUUCCUCACUCUAAGGAGAAGGCUUCUCGAGCUGAGGACAAGGCUGCUCACGCUAAGGACAAGGCUCCUCGAGGUGAGGAAAAGGCCGCUCACGCUGAGGGCAAGGUUCCUCACCCUGAGGACAAGGCUCCGACUCUGUUGAGAAGGUUCCUCAACCUUAGAACAAGGUUCCUCACGCUGAGGAAAAGGUUUCUUCCGCUGAGGACAAGGUUCCUAACGGUGAGGACAAGUCUCCUCACCCUGAGGACAAGGUUCCUCACCCUGAGGAGAAGGUUCCUCACCAUGAGGACAAGGUUCCUGACUCUGAGGACAAAGUUCCUCACCCUGGGGACAAGGUUCCUCACGCUGAGGACAAGGCUCCACACGCUGAGGACAAGAUUCCUCACGCUGAAGACAAGGUUUCUCACGCUGAGGACGAGGUUUCUGACUCUGCAUGAGGAUAAGGUUCCUGACUCUGAGGACAAGAUUCCUCACCCUGAGGACAAGAUUCCUCACCCUGAGGACAAGGUUCCUCACGCUGAGGACAAGGCUCCUCAGGCUGAGGACAUGGCUCCUCACGCUGAGGACAAGGUUUCUCACCCUGAGGACAAGUUUCCUGACUCUGAGGACAAGGUUCCUCACCGUGAGGACAAGGUUGCUCACGCUGAGGACGAGGUUCCUCACACUGAGGAGAAGGUUCCUCACGCUGAGGACAAGGUUCCUAGCGCUGAGGAGAACGUUCCUGGCACUGAAGACAAGGUUCCUCACGCUAAGGACAAGGCUGCUCACGCUGAGGAGGGGGCUCCUCACGCUGAGGACAAGUUUCCUCACCCUGAGGACCAGGUUCCUCACCCUGAGGACAAGGUUCCUCACGCUGAGGCAAGGUUCCUCAUGCUGAGGACAAUGUUUUUCACGGUGAGGACAAGGUUCCUCACGCUGGGGACAAGGUUCCUCAUGCUGAGGACAAAUGGAAGAAGCUGA